GAGUCGCCCCGUGAGAGCUCCUCUGGGGUGCCAGGGACCCUGUGUGCCUGCGGUGUUUCCCGUUGCCCUGUGUUUCACACUGGGGAUGAGCCCUACUCUGUAACAUGUGUGGCCAGAAUAGAAAGUGAGUUACGUUUUCUGUGACCAGGAAUGGAGUCCAUCUGUGAAAGGAAACCCUUAAACCUGCUACCCGCAUCUCCAAACGCUCGUGUGAGGCUUUGCCUCAACGCCAUGGCUGCCAGCACUGGGUAUGAAACGUGAGCUGGCAGCCAACCUUCUGUGUUCUCUCCUUCUCAUGCGCAGCCCCCCGUGGUGCCUGUGUGCCUCUCUUCUCUUUGCUGCUACAGGGGGUCAGGAUGGACUGGGGACCCCGGAUCUGCAGGGUGGAUUUCUUUGUGGAGCCCUGAAGCAGUGGCCCAGGUGCUUCCUUGCCCUGAAAACAUGAGUGGAGAGAAGGAAGAAGCCUCCUUCAGUGUACUCAGGGUUUAUGAUGAACCAGAAGAGAUGAGGACUAUGCCAGAAAGCCCUGGGAUUUCCUCUUGGCACCAGCUGGACUGUCUGCCUGGAGCCCCCCAGCUGCCCCCAGACCCUCAGAGGCAGCAUGGCCCAGCUUCUCAAGAUGGAAAUGAAAUGUCCCAGAUGCAGUGGUGCCUCCACGCCCCAGACACAUCUUGGCCCAAGACCACGCUGCUGGAACCAGCAGAAGCAGCAGGGUCCGGUCCGGGCUCUCUGCCAGGAUCUGCGUUCGGCCAGCCCUGUUCUUCAUCCCCUCCCAGCGAAGUCCAGGCGCUCCUCAGAGCCAUUCCGCCUGUUCCUGAUGAACUGGUGGUCAAGAAGCAGACCCCGAGUGGCUUGUGGAAGGUUGGCACACUGCGCCAUAGAAAGCGAGUCCACGCCAUGGCCAUCAGCGGCUCAACCCACCAUGUAUACACGUGUGGCUCUGGCUACAUCAGGGUAUGGGAUGAGAGUGCUCUGCAUGCCUGGGACAAGCCCCCCCAGGCCCAGCUGGACUUCGAGGAUCCUCACAACUGCGUCCUCACCUGCAAGCUGUCCCCCGAUGAGCGGAGCCUGAUCACGGGGGGCAUGUCUCAGACCCUGACCCUCUGGGACCUGGAGCCCACGCCUCGUGUCAGAGCACAGCUGGCUUCCACGGGCCCUGUGUGCUGCUCCCUGGCAGUCUCCUCUGAUGCCCAUAUCUGCUUGGCUUGUUUCAGAGGACUUGUUGAGAUCUGGGAUUUGCAGAACCAGAUGCUGAUCAGGAAGCUUGAAGUCCCCAAAUACGGGUCCCGAUGCAUUGACGUCGCAGGCAAUAAGUUCUGGACGGGAGGUGAAGACACCAGUUUGUACUCUUGGGACCUGAGGAGCACUGAGAGGCUGCAGCGGCAUGAUUUACAGCACGAGAUCCUUACCAUUACUCAUGACCCCAGUGAGGAGUGGGUGUUAGUGGGCUUGAGAACGAGCAACGUUGUCAUCCUGCACACUCAGCGGACAGAGAAGUUCAAGAUUGUCAGACAAAGAUACGUCCACCACCACAACCUCAAGUUUGCCUCCUGUGGGAGCUACUUUGUAACCACGCUGGACGAGAGCAUCCACUGCAUCGCGGCACCCUCUCUGCAAAGGUUGUUGCAGGUGGAGGAACCUUCAGAAAUCCUGUGUUGCGAUGUGUCCUCUGACAACCGAUAUCUGGUGACGGGCAGCAGGAACAGUGCCACGGUGUACCAGCUCUUGUACUGAUGGCCACGUGCCUUACGCCUGCCCGGGGAGACCCACGACGGCCAUCGUGGCUGGGGCGUGGCGGGUGUGUGACCUCACCUUGCUGGACAGCUUCAGUACCUGCCACCCCUCCACCUUGGCCUUGCACUCCCAGGUUUUUAAUAGAUGGCUUGGGAUUUUUUUUCUACCAGUGAUUUCUGGGUUUUGGUGGGAACUGGCCUCUGUAGUUAAUAAAAUAGCAUAGCAAAAACCCAAUAUGGCCUGGACAUGUGUCCAUUUCUUGCAAAUAACAGUCAUUGUGCUGGGUGGCUGAGGCCUGUGGUCAGCAUGUGGAGGCACAGUUCACAGUUUCCCUCUGUUCUUGCCAGCGUAGGGAAGGAAUUUUAGA